CGUGAUUUAUUCCUGGAUGUUAUCCUGGAGUCAGAAGAUUUGGCCAACGGAGGGCUCUGCGAACGUUGUCAGAGUCACGAAGGUUUAUUCUGGUGCUUGACUUGCAGUGGUGACCAUGCAUGGUGCCGUGCAUGUAUUCUCGAAGCCCAUAAAUCAUUACCCUUUCAUAAGAUGCAACAGUGGAACGGAAAAUGCUUCGGUGACACAUCCCUCAAGCAGAUGGGUUAUCUAUGGCAUAUGGGUCACGGGGGUCGUCCAUGUCCAUCCUCUCAAGGCUCUUGGGAAUGGGAGGAUUUGGAUGUGCAUAUAGACAAGCAGGGCGAGGGCACUGGAUCUCAUAUUGCCAGUGAAACAAGUCCACCAACCACGUCCUUAACCAUCGUCCACUCCACUGGAGUAUUUACACACAACAUACUCUGGUGUCAUUGCCCUGGAUCUCUGCAACAAUACUUGCAGUUGCUCAAAGCAGGAUUAUUUCCAGCCAGUAUAUCCCGGCCUCGAACUGCCUUCACCUUUGAUGCUCUCGACAAUUUUCUGAUUGAUGCCCUUGAAUGCAAGACAUCUGCAUCAAGCUUCUUCCAAAAGCUUCGACGGCUAACUAAUAAUGCUUUCCCAGAUACUGUGCCAGAUCGGUAUCGUGAACUGAUGAGGGUGUCUCGUCAAUGGAGAGAUUUGAUGAAUCGAAAACGUUUUGGAUUUGGACAUAGUUCGUUGGUCAAGCCUGGGCCUGGUAACCUGGCUUUAUUUUGUGCUGCCUGUCCACAGCCUGGAAUUAAUAUGCCACUUCAUUGGCGGCAUAAGUAUCCAAGGCAAGUGAUUUAUCUAUUUCCUACUCCUAUCUGGUUGAUCAUGCAGAGAUAUGUUGUGGAUGGCAACUUCAUGGCUCAACAUAUGAAUAUGAGACAACCUCAUCUCGAUGUCUCCCUCUCUGAUGGUCUAGGGUAUAUGGUGACAGAGGCUGGGUACCAGGCUCAUUUGUCAUCGGCUAUGGAGAGCAAGGAUAGAUCCUCUUGCAGUAAUCACCGUGCAGUCAAUGCUGCCAACACAAACAGAAGCAAUCUUCGAGCAACUGGUGUAGCUGCCACUGCUUGUGCACGUCAUGGAUGUUUUGUUCCUCAUGCAGUGGUGGACUUUCAGAAGGGUGAACGCCACAUGAACGUUGACUACUCAAUAUGCAAUGCUAUCAAUCAUCAUUCUCAUGACAUUGAUACCUCGCUUAUCAUCUAUGAUGUAGGCUGUCAGUGGUGCAUUCAUUUUGCAGAACAAACUCUCUGGGCAUCUUUCAAUAAGAUAUCACCAACUGCUCAUUCAAUGAGUCAAUACCACCAACAGGAAAUUUUGGAUGAUCACAUGCGGGACUCCAAUUGGAAGAAACUAGUUGGACUUGUCAAGACUCUCUUGAAAAAGUAUAAACGAGCCAUCAAGGGAAUUAACAAUACAAAGUCUCCUUUUGAUGAGCUAACACACUCAUUGGACGACGAAAAAAUUGCUAUAUGGGAAAAUGAUGAAAAGAAGGCUAUGGAGGAACGAGGGGAAUAUCUUGACAUUUAUCAGCUCAAGAUUGAUCAAGCCCCUACAAUGGCUGAGAUUCGACUAAGAUUAACUGAAGCAGAGAAUGCCGAAACAGGAAGAUUAGGAACAGUAUCUUGGAUCAUUCAAGGCAUUAAUCUUGAGGAUGCCCAGGAUGGGUUACAAUCAGAGUUUCGUCGCCUCCCAUCUGAUGCCACUGCUGCUCAGAAGGCUACUCUGCAAGAGAAACAACAGAAACUAUCAGCUCGUAUAACUGCAUUCCAUGAAACUGCUGAUGCUAUGACAGAGGGAAUAGAGCUGGAAGCAGGUACAGUGCACAAAGAUGAUGCUAGGUUUUGCUGGGCAGAAGAUGAAGAGCAUGACUGGGAGGCUCAUGUUGCUGACCUUGAAGAUGAUUCCGAAUUGGUGGAUGACGAAAUUUCAGCAGAAGAUAUGGGUCUCUGGAUGCCAUCAUCAGUGCCUCAUGAUCAAGUCACUUCGGCUCAUUUAUUAGCCCUUCAAGCAGAGGAAUUGGAGCUGAGACAAGGUCAAGCCAAUGAUUGCCUUGAAAAAAUUUGGUUGGCUCUUGGUGAUAAGGCUGUCAUCUACCGUCAACACUUUCGAAGUGCUGAUUCUGUGUGGACUGGGACAAGAUCCAAGCAAGAAGCUCAAUGUUGUCAUAUCAAAAUCGACAAGUAUGUCCGAAGUUAUCAAAGGGCAAAAUCAGCUAUGGAGAGACUUGGCAUGGAUCGAGAAUCUCUAGAAACUGUUUAUCAAGAAAUACUAGCUGAACAGCUUAGUAUUGACAAGGAGGUGACAGAAGAGAAUAGAUUCGGCCAGGGUUCAGACAAACUUGCAUGGUUUUGGAGGGUUAACAAUGGAAAGAAGGAUCAAACAGACACUUGGAUGGAUGAAUUCUACAGAGUGAACUGGUUGAAGGCAAAGGCAAGAUGGAACAGGUGGGAGGAGGAGUUAAGUCUGGUUCAACACGAAAUGGGGUGGACAGUCAGUUGGUUCAAAUCCCAAGAGGAAAAAUGGCAACUACGAUGGCACCAAGCUACCAUACCUGGUCAUCAACCAUAUGCCCAUAAACAGGUACUGGUGUGGAAAGCAUUCGCAGCAGAAGCUGAGGAAAAAUUCAAGGACAAGCUGCUAAUCAUGAUUUGA